AUGAAUCAUGAAGUAGACGAUGAAAUUUUGCUACCAUUGCUUGGUUAUACCUCUCGUAAACCAGCUCAUCCUCAACCUCUGGAAAUAUAUUGUGAUAAUUUCUCCAAAAAUAAAAGUGUUUUGGAGAAAAAAGAAAAAACAAGUUCUAACAAAAGCCAUACCGUAGUUCUGGACCCAGUGGAAUCGUGUUCUUCCUUAAUUGAUGCCCCGUUGCGUCCACGUAGCGUCAGGUUAGCAUCCAAGUGGGCGGCCAGUCAAAUCAAGACAACUUUGGGCAAUACGCUGUGUGAAGAUGCUCUGUUGUCGGAGAAUACAGAUCAAAUGAAUCAGAUAACUAAUAAUAUGGCUACACGUUUGUAUAGUGCUUAUCAGCAACUGUCUAGCUUCCCAGUUCCAAAUCUUUUACGUCCCAUAUGCCAAUGGUUGGGUAUUUAUUGGUUAGGAAAAGGUGAUCAAUUACAAGCGGGAAGAUUUUUAUCUCAAGCUAUCGGUAUUGGACCCACAACCUUGUACUUGUCUAUCUUAAGUUCUCGAAUCAUCCAUUUGAAGUCAUCUGAUUCCCGAGGUCCUGUUUCCGAUCGCAAAAAAAAUUGCAACUGGUUCCCUAUUUUUAGUCAAGUAAUGGCUGCUUGUGCUCCUAAUCAUUCUCUGUUGGAGAAUGUAAUCCAGACUCCUACCUGUGGAAAAUGUCUUUCUUCUGAUAAUGGCAGUUUAUUCACGGUUCAGGUUAUUCAACUCUGUCUUGUUGAUGAACUCAGCUGCAAGUCUUCUAAAUUAUAUAAUGAAAGCGUCGAUAUUUGCCAUCACAAUGUUUCACCAUAUGGACUCGGUGCUCGUUCUGGAGGUUACCUAUUGGUAUCACGUUAUACAGGUGUUUCUGGUCAAGCUUUAAAAUCAUUUGGAGUGGAGACACGCGUUAUGCAUGGAUUCACGCAUUCCGGUUUUAAAUACAUGAACAUAUUUGAUGAAAUUCAAAUGGAGAGUCUUGAUUCGAUGGCUAUUGAAGAUCGGGCUAAUUACUGGCGCACACGUUAUAACUUGAAUGAACGACUAGAACAUUCAUUUAAUAUGAUUCUUUGGAAUAAUUUUGUAGAAUCUACUCAUGAAAUCCGCCGUGAAUGGUUUACUAAAGAUGAUCUGGAUUGGUUAUUUUGUCGAGGAAAAUUUUGUCCCAAUAAUGAACUCAAAGAUAAUGAUAACCUAUUUUCUAUAGUUUUUAUUCCGGAUCGACGAUUGGUUUACUUACCAUGGGAAUGGAUACUAUGGGAUCGUAAUCCAGAUUCGUAUAUGCCAACUAUGACUCGUAGUUUCAGCUUACCCUUAGUUAUUGGCCACUUGGCCACUCAGUUUAUGCCUUCUCGAAAUGUCGAAGCUAACAUUUCUCUGAAUUCUGAACGUGAUGUUUCUUGUUCUUUUAAUCCUGAGGCAACAUUUUAUGUUCUUAACCCAGAAUCCAACCUUCCCUCUACUCAGCAAACGUUCGAACCAUUAUUCCGCGACCUUUCUAGUUGGAGAGGUGUUACUGGAAGGAUUCCAACUAGAAAGGAGGUGAAUGAUGGUUUCACAAAUCAUGAUCUUUUAAUUUCUGGUAAACCUCGUAGUGUUGGACGACAUGAGCCUUAUACUUCACUCUUCAAUCAUCUUAUUGCCGGAUGUCCUUUUGUUUGCGGAUUGUUAUGGGAUGUUACUGACCGAGAUGUCGAUAGAUUCACUUUAAAAUUCCUAAUGAAUUGGCUGGGAAGAGAUAUAUCUGAUGAUGACCAUAACACAAAGGCAAAUGGAACUUUAGGACAGUCAAUUUUUAAUGCAACAUCUGCUUGCAAACUUAAACAUCUUGUUGGAAAAUCAGUCAUCGUGUAUGGGAUCCCUGCUGAACCUAAAAAACGAUCACUUCUAAAAUUUCCAUCCUCAUUCCUCAAAAAAUGA